GUGGAAACGAAGGCAGCCAAGCGGCGCGGCGGCUUCCGCUCCUCCGCGCCGGGGAGGGCUCCGGCCGACCGCGAUGCUGAAGGCCAAGAUCCUGUUCGUGGGGCCCUGCGAGACAGGGAAAGUCGCCUCAAGCACAACACAAAACUGAGGAAGCCUUAAAAGAGAUGACAGCGAAGUUAAGCCUGGGGAAAGCAUCUGCAAAAUACAUUACAAAGAAAGAAUAGGUAGCAAGCACAAGGGAAGUCUCCAAAUCAGUAAAGAGAACUCAACAGAAAACCGAGCAGAGUCUGUGCACAUGAGUACAAGUGGCCAAGUGGAAAAACCGUUUUGGCCAACUUCCUGACAGAAUCUUCUGACAUCACCGAAUACAAUCCAACCCAGGGAGUAAGGAUCCUGGAAUUUGAGAACCCGCACGUCACCAGCGACGACAAAGGCACGGCGUGUGAAUUUGAGCUGUGGGAUUGUGGCGGUGACCCCAAUGCUGCCUUGCAGGUUCGAGUCUUGCUGGCCAGCCCUGAUGAAGGAUUCCCACGGGGUGGUGAUCGUCUUCAAUGCCGACACCCCAAGCCACCUGAAGGAAAUCGACAUGUGGUAUUCCUGCUUCGUCCAGCAGCAGCUCCUACAGGACACUCAGUGUCUGUUGAUCGCACACCACAAACCAGGCUCCGGAAGUGAUAAAGGAAACCUGUCUUUGUCACCCACCUUGAACAAGCUGAAGCUGGUGCACUCGAACCUGGAGGAUGACCCUGAAGAGAUCAGGGUGGAGUUCAUAAAGUAUUUAAAGAGCAUAGUCAAUUCAGUGUCUGAAAGCAGAGACCGGGAGGAGAUGUCGAUUAUCACGUGACCAGCCUUCAUCCGGACUCUUCCGCGUUGCAGAUGGGGUCAGCUCAUUUCCCAGUGCACAUCUAGAAUCUCGUCCAGCUAUUGAUGUGUCCUCCCCGUGGCCGUAGAAGAGCUUUUCCUUGUCUGCUCUAAGGUACCAGUCUACCAGGGAGUUGACUCCUACCGUUCGUUCUCUAUCCUUCGUUCAGUUGAGAAAAUCCUAUUGUCGAAUUCUGAUUCCUUUGCCCCGGAUCUCUCCAAGAGCUGGAAAGCUGAGGUGUUUUUCUUUCCUCUUCCUAGACGUCAAGAGGAAUUAUAACUGUCCGAGCCAAACGAUA